AGCAGAUUACAACCAGCCCAUGCCAGCCGCGGCAGAGGAAACUGUGGCAGAGUAGGCUGCGGCAGAGGAGGACACGACAAAGGCCGCUUCCAGGAGUCACGAUAGCCACAAUGGAUGCUGCAGGGACAACAGCAGGGCCUUCCAGGUUUCGGCCAACAUGCAUGGGUUGAGACACCACAAAGACCCAUUAAUGCUGAUGCAAUGGGAGUUCCAUCAGCUGAGGAUAUUCUUGGUUCCAUUCCGCCUCAAGUUGUGUGUAAAUAUGCUUCGUUACAGGCCGAUCUGCUCUCCAUUGUUCGUCUCUCUUUUCUCAACCUUCUGCACGUGCUCUUCUGGCUCCCACUAGAGAAUCUAACGAGGCUUUGUGGUAUCCAGACUCCGGUAAUAUCAUGGACGUCAGCUCCCUCUUCGCUCUGAAGAAUGCUAAGGGGAAGAAGAAGGGCCCGGCGGGCACUUCUGCCAGGGAGGAGCCCUCCCAAGCCGCUGCUGCCGGUGCUGGCGCCGGGGGGUCCAGAGGUGCUGGGCCCGUGAAGAAGAAAAACAAUGGCAAGGGGACCGAGCCCCCGGCCAAGAAGCUAAAAGUCGCCGCCCCUGCCAAGCAGCCGACCACUUACGUGGUUGUUAUUGUGGAUGAGGGGCACGCCUCUGCCCCCGCCUCCCAGGAGCACAUAAACCAAGAGUUCUUCGGGCGGGAGAAACUGGAGGCGAUAGUGCCGAAGGGGGCUUCAGUACUGGAGGGUAGUCUGAACCCCUCGGCGCUAAUGAGCCAGAUGCUGCCAUCGGCUGAUCGCUUGGCCCUCGCCAGACUGGACGAGAGCUCCCUCGAGGCCAAGAUCCUUCUGAACACUGCCUCCAGCUUCAUGGGCCUCUGUGAGCACCUUCGAAGGGUGGAGCAGAUGAAGGAGGCGAAGGGCGCAACCGAAGGGGAGGCUGCCCUCCUUAGGGAGAAGCUUGCCGAGGCCGAGGAAUCUCUCCGCCUGGCCACCGACAGCAUGGAGCAGUGGGUGCAAGCUGCGAGGGCCGAGGGGAUGAAUGAGGGCCUGGCUAAGGCCGGGGAGGCUGCUGCCGAGGCCGCCC